AUGUCUGGACCGCGACGACGCACCACGCAAAGAAACGUUAAUAGUGCUAUUCCGGAGGAAAAGCAUCCCUCACGGCCGGCAGGCGAUAUGGAGAUCUCAUCCAUUCUUGCCGCGCUGCGGCGCCAACCCGUAUGGAUUGUACUGGCCGUUUCGAGCGGUGCAUGUGCGGCGUUCAAUGGCGUCUUCGCGAAAUUAACCACCACAGCCCUCACGUCGACGCUGUCCUCACAUAUCGCUACAUUCUUCUCGCUAAGCCCUUCGAAUACGGUGAUUGAGUUCCUUGUGCGCGGGACGUUCUUCCUGCUCAAUCUCGCCUUCAAUGCGGCCAUGUGGGCUUUGUUUACGGCGGCGUUGACUCGAGCGGACAGCACGACGCGAGUCAGCAUUGUGAAUGUCAGUGCGAAUUUCAUGAUCACUGCAAUUUUGGGCUGGAUGAUUUUCAAUGAGAAGUUGAAUGGGAUGUGGUGGGGUGGGGCUGCGCUAUUGGCGGCUGGAAAUGUCGUUAUUGGGAGAAGAGAGGAGGGACAAAAGCCUGGUGGGACUGUCGGGUUGGAUGAGACCGUGCAAGAGGCGGAGGGCUUACUGAGAUCGGACGAGGUCGAGCUUGAGGGUGCGACUGGGGAAGUGAGAGACCGGCAUAGUGAAGAGCACAACAGGCUGAGAAGGGGAGAGGAGGCGGAUGAUCCGAUAUGA